AAAAGAAUUUCGAUAGUUAAAGAAAUGAGUCAAACAACUCUGAAACAGAAAAAGAAGAAUGAGACUGGACCAAGGUACUCAAAAGACAGCCUAGAAGCAGACAAAUCUAGAAAGGAUUCUGAGACAUCAGGAGUUCGUCUGAGCACUCAGGGAUCACAAGAAUUAACCUUGCUGAAGACAGACUCUCGAGGGUGCCUACUGAGAAAUCAGUGGUCUCGAACUUCACGGAGCCCAUCCACCAGAGCUCCGUCAGUAGAUGAGUCCAGAAGCGAGAACACAAGUCUUAAGGUAGAGAUGGGAAUGAAAGGGAAGACUGCUCAUCAAGUUAACUGGAGGACACAGACGGAGACAGUGGCAAGCAAGGUCCCUUCCUCAAGCCUUCUGUCCUACCUGAAGGUCUCUGACUUAGCAGGUAUAUGUGAAGAAAGUGACAGAACUUUGCAAACUAUGUGCCAGCUACCUUGGGGCAAGGAAAAGGACCAAGCAGCACUGCAGCGUGUCAAUGCCAGGCUCCGUGAGCUGUAUCCUGAUGAAAAGGACUUAUUUGAUAUUGUUCUGAUGACUAAUAACCAUGCCCAAGUGGCAGUGCGGCUUAUAAACAGCGUCAAUCACUAUGGAUUACUAAUUGACCGGUUCUGUCUCACUGGUGGAAAAAGCCCCAUUGGUUAUUUGAAGGCAUAUCUUACCAACUUGUAUCUUUCUGCGGAUUCUGAAAAAGUACAAGAAGCAAUACAAGAAGGGAUCGCCUCUGCAACAAUGUUUGAUGGAGCCAAAGACAUGGCUUCCUGUGACACACAGCUCCGUGUGGCCUUCGAUGGGGAUGCCAUCCUCUUUUCUGUCAAGUCUGACCAUAUUACCAAGGAGGACGGGCUGGACAAAUUCUUUCAACAUGAAGCACUAUUUGAGAAUAAGCCUCUUGCUCAGGGUCCCUUGAAAGGCUUUCUGGAAGAUUUAGGCAGACUGCAAAAGAAGUUUUAUGCCAAAGACGAACGGUUAUGUUGCCCUAUCAGGACCUACCUGGUUACAGCUAGGAGUGCAGCCAGUUCAGGCGCCCACAUGCUGAAAACCCUUUGCCGCUGCGGUCUAGAGAUAGACGAAGCUCUUUUCCUUGCUGGAACCCCCAAAGGUCCCAUCUUGGUGAAGAUAAGGCCCCACAUCUUUGAUGACCACAUGUUCCACAUUGAAGGGGCACAGAAAUUUGGCACCAUCACAGCUCAUGUACCUUAUGGAAUUAAUCAAAAAGAGAACAAUUAG